AUAUGGCUGCGUCCAUACAACACAUGUUCAUGAUGUUGGAAAAAAAUAUACAAUCGUUUGCAAAAAUAAUGGACAUAGAUUUAUAGCUUAUAUCUACAUAAUCGAGAUAAUUAUAUUUAAAAAACCAAUCAUUAUAAUUAAAUAUGUCAAUGGAUUAGUCAAUUUCAAGGAUUUGUACAUAGAAUUGUUUGAAGAAACCAUUCAGGCUGGAGGGAAUCUCAUGAACAAAAUAAAGGAAAAUAGAUGUGAACAAAAUAGAGGAAAAUAGACAUGAACAAAAUAGAGGAAAACAAACAUGAACAAAAUGGAGGAAAAUAGACAUGAACAAAAUGGAGGAAAAUAGAUUUGAACAAAAUAGAGGAAAAUAAAUGUGAACAAAACUGAGGAAAAUAGAUUUGAAAGAAAUGGAAGAAAAUGGACAUAUAUAACACAUUAUCGGUAGUUUAAAGAAUGACAUCUGAUCAAGACUUAUUCUUGUUAUUGUUUGUGGAAAAUAGACGUGAAUCAAAUAAAGGAAAAUAGACACAUAACACAUCAUCAAUAGUUUUAAGAAUGACAUGAGAUCAUGGCUGUAUUCUGAGUGUUUUUGGAAUAUAGAGGAAAACAGACGCAUAUAACAUAUCAAUAGUUUAAACAAUGACAUCAGAUUGUGGAUGUAUUCUCAUUUUUUAAAAUAGACACAUGUAACACAUCAACGAUAGUUUAAACAAUGACAUCAGAUUGUGGAUGUAUUCUCAUUGUCUGUGGACUUCCAGCAUCCGGUAAGUCUUCCCUAAUCCACCAGAUAGAGACUGGUCUGAUGCAGGAGUUUAGGAUUAUCGUUGUCGAGUAUGAUCACUUGAUGCCAGGAGAUGUGGAGAAGAUGCUCAUAACGGAAACAUCAGCCGAGGAAGCAUCCAAGUGGAAAUUAUACAGGGAAGAAAUUGUGGAAUGUGUCGACAUCCUUCUUGGAAACCUCAGUGGGUUAUCUUCUGUUAGUCCCAAGACAUGCUCAGUUGCAUCUCAACCGGUGUCUGUCAGUGAUGGCUUGUGGAUGAAAUUUGAAGAGUGUUAUACAUCAAUUCUUGGGAAUGAAGUUCCCAGUGGAGCCAGCAGACCAUUCGUGAUCAUCAUUGAUGACAAUAUGUACUACAGGAGUAUGAGAUACCAAUACUUUCAACUGGCAAGAAAACACAGGGUUGGGUUUUCGGAACUGUAUUUGGACUGUUCCACAGAAACUGCAGUGUCCCAGAAUGCAAUGCGGGUAGCAGGACAAGUUGAUGAGAAUGUCAUUCGAUCAAUGGCUACUCAUUUUGAGAGUCCCAACAAGGAAACGUGCCAAUGGGAAAAGCAUUCUUUACAAAUGUCAAGUCACUCGGCAAUCAUCGGUGACAUCAGAUUACUGAUUAACAGUGCAAUAGAAGAUCCAGUACACCCACUUCUUGUGGAAGAUGUCGAACAGAAAGAAGAAAGUCGUCAGAUUUGUUCUCAGAGUGGUAUUCAUCAGGCAGAUCAAAUACUACGCAAACUGAUAGCUCAGCAAAUGAUUGCUGCAAAAGCUUCUGGAACAUCCACAGACAAAUUGAAACAAAUGGCUGGACAACUAGCAGAAAAAAGAUCAAGAAUAUUAAAAGACAUGAAGUUAGGAAUUGUGACUUUGAAUUUGACUACUGAUGUCAAGAAUGCUUCAAAAGAUCCAAACAGUCAAUUAUACAAAUUUAUUGCAUCAGUAUUCUGCUGAAGCAAAAAUUACAUUUGAAAAUAGUUAAAA